AUGAGCACGAGGGGCCUUCCUCAUCUCGUCCAGCACUUGCACCAUCCUCCUCCCAGUGCCACCAUGCCUUCCACCUUGAUUAGCCUCGCGGUGGCCACCGCCGCGUUAGUUAUUGCCAUCGCAGCAGCGUGGUACCCAAGGAAGUACAGAGGCCUGAGGCUGCCCCCCGGUCCGCCAGGGUGGCCAAUCGUCGGCAACCUCUUCCAGGUGGCCUUCUCCGGGAAGAAGCUCAUCCACUAUCUUCGCGACCUCCAGCAGGAGUACGGGCACAUCCUAACGCUUCAGAUGGGGGUGCGCACAGUCAUCAUCAUCAGCGGUGCCGAGGUCGCUCACGAGGCGCUCGUCGAGAAGGGCGCGGAGUUCGCGACCCGCCCCGCCGUCGAGAGCAGCGGGCGCAACAUCUUCUCCCACAAGUUGACCGUAAACUCCGCUGUGUACGGCGCCCAAUGGCGGUCGCUGCGGCGGAACAUGGUGUCCGGGAUGCUGAGCACCUUGCGGCUCCAAGAGUCCCGGCCGGCGAGGAUGCGCGCCAUGGACCGGUUCAUGUCGCGGAUACGCGCUGAGGUCUCUGCGUCUCCCGACGGUGGUUCCGUGUGGGUGCUCCGCAACGCGCGCUUCGCUCUGGUAUGCAUCCUGCUCGAGUCGACCUUCGGGCUGCUCGACCUGGACGACCAACUCAUCUUACAGGUCGAGUCUGUAUUGAAGCGCGUCGUGCUCACCCUCGGGAUGCGCAUGGAUGAUUACAUGCCGUGUCUUCGCCCCUUCUUCUGGCGGAAGCAGAGCCACGCGCUCGCGCUCCGCCGGGAGCAGAUCGAUACGCUCCUAGAGCUCAUCAACCGCCGCCGAGCCGUCCUCCGCGACAUGCAGCGCUCGCCACCAGACCCCAAUGUUGCCGCGGCGUUCUCGUACCUUGACUCUCUACUAGAAGUCCGCUUCGGCGGGUGCAACGCCAUGGCCUCAGACGAAGAGCUGGUCACCCUCUGCACCGAGGUGCUCAACGCUGGGGCCGACACCACGGCCACGGCCGUCGAGUGGGCCAUGGCGCGCAUUAUAGACAAUCCGCGCGUCCAGGCUCGGCUCCGCGAGGAGAUCACACACAAAGUCGGCAACACCAGGCCAGUCGAUGACAAGGACAUCGACAACAUGCCCUAUCUCCAGGCCUUCGUAAAGGAGCUCCUCCGGAAGCACCCACCCACAUACUUCUUGGUUACCCACGCCGCUGUUCACCCGGGGAGCAAGCUCGCCGGCUAUGACGUGCCCACGGACGCCAAUCUGGAUGUCUUCCUCCCAACCAUCUCGGAGGACCCCAAGUUGUGGGACCGGCCAAUGGAGUUCGACCCGGACAGGUUCCUGUCGGGUGACGAGAAGGCAGACAUCACAGGGUCCGCCGGCGUCCGGAUGAUACCAUUUGGGGCGGGGCGGCGGAUGUGCCCGGGCUCGGCCAUGGGGACGGUGCACAUCGCGCUCAUGGUCGCACGGAUGGUGCAGGAGUUUGAGUGGUGCGCGCACCCUUCGCAGCCCGCGCUCAACUACGAGGAGAUGGUGCAGUUCACUGUCGUCAUGGAGCACCCACUGCUCGCCAUGGUGAAGCCCCGGAAACUCUCUUACUGA